AUGUCCAUCUACUGGUGGGCGCUCCGUGUGGUCCAGUCCUUCGAGGACAGGAUCGUCGCUUCGAUCCUCCGAAUGCCCGGCUUCCAUCGCGCCGUCGGCCAGAUCCACCGAAGGGUCCACGAGGCCCAGCAUGGCCGGAAUCCAAACCAGCCGCUGGCUCCCGGCGAGGCGACAGCCGACCCGGGCGCUGUCGAUCGCAAGCAGCGCUUUGCGAAACAUUUCUUUGACGAGUUGAAGAACCAGGUCCGCGGGAAACCGACCGAGCUGCCGCAUGAGCCGCCCAGGAAGUGA